CAUUGGUAUCGUCAGUUAUGUCUUUAUUAUUUACAUAAAAUUAUAUAAAUAUAGUCAAGAUAAUUAAAUUUUCAGUGCGUUAAUAAAUCUUGAAUUGAUAACAUGAAUAUUUCAUUUGAAUCUAAGCGUAUAUUAGUCACUGGUGCUGGACAAGGUAUCGGUAGAGAAUUAGCUCUUCGCUUGUCCAAAUACAAUGGAACAGUGAUCGCCCUUUCAAAAACAAAAUCAAAUCUUGAAACGUUGAAACAACAAGACCCAAGGAUCCAAACCAUCGUAGUGGAUGUUACUGAUUGGGAAGCUACAAGAAAUGCCAUUAGAAAAAUACUGCCGAUCCAUAUGCUCGUUAACAAUGCGGGCGUUGCAUGUUUGGCGCCAUUUUUACAACUGACAGAAAAUCAAUUUGACUUGACAAUGAACGUCAAUGUUAAAUCAGUAUUCAAUAUCUCCCAAGUCGUUGCUGAAAAUAUGAUUGAACAGAAAUGUGCUGGAAGUAUCGUCAACGUAUCCUCUCAAGCAAGUCACGCCGCACUUAAAGAUCACGCUGUUUAUUGCGCAUCAAAAGGAGCUGUCGAUAUGUUAACAAAAACAAUGGCUUUGGAAUUAGGUCCACAUAAUAUUCGUGUAAAUUCAGUAAAUCCAACAGUAGUUAUGACAGCAAUGGGAAAAUUAGGAUGGGAAGAUCCAAAAAAAGCUCGUAGUAUGUUAGAAAAAAUACCUCUCGGACGUUUUGCCGAGGUUGACGAAGUCAUCGACGCAAUUGUUUAUCUGUUAAGUGAUCGCAGUUCAAUGGUAAACGGCAUAACAUUACCCAUAGACGGUGGAUUUCUCGCGACAUAAAAUUAUAAACUAAGUACAUAAUUACUUAUUGUUAUUAUUUUUUUUGUUAUUUUCAAUUUUUUAAUUUUUUUUUUUAAUUAAUUAUUAAUUAAUUAAUUGUAAUAAAAUGUUGGGUAUCAUAAUUGAUAAUAAAUAAAUGUCAAAUA